AUGGCUUCCAGCCCCACCGACUCGGACCUGAACCCUCCGCAAGGAGACCCCGACCCAGAUCGGAAUCUCUGCCCCCAGGAUGAGCUGGACUUCUCCAUUUUAUUUGAUUAUGACUAUGCCAACCCAGUCGCAGAAGAACCGACUCCUUCACAUAAAAUCAUCAGCCCACCCUCUGGAGUUGCGUACCCUCAUGACGAUGUCUCGGACUAUGGCCUCAAGCCGUACAGCCCCUUCGCUUUGUCUAGCCUUUCAGCAGAUCACAUGGGCAGAUACGGACAGCCAGAUAGCCUAGGGUCGAAAUGCUACUCGGACCCUGUCAAGGCUGCUGGUCCCCCAACUUUGAGCCCUAGGAUUGAGAUAACGCCAUCUUAUGAACUGAUUCACUCAGGGGGGGCCUUCUACAGCAGAGACGCAGAUCUCUUGGUAGAGCAUCAGUCCAACUCCGCUACCGCUAGCCCAAGGUUUACCCUGCCUGUCCCUGGCUUUGAGAGCUACCGAGAACCGCUGUGCCUGAGCCCUCCUAGCAGUGGCUCCUCUGCAAGCUUCAUUUCAGAGACAAAUUUUUCUCCUUACACCUCGCCAUGCGUUUCACCAAAUAAUGGCGCUAGUGAUGACCUUUGUCCACAGUUUCAAAACACCCAUGCUCAUUAUUCCCCCAGAACCUCGCCAAUAAUGUCUCCACAAGCAACCAUCGUGGAGGAUACCUGCUUGGGGCCACGUUCACCAUCGUCACGUCCCAACUCAAGGUCAUCAUCUCCAGGGGCAAAGCGGAGGUAUUCUUGCACCGAGCUCUACGGGAGUCAGCAGCUGUCUACUUCUCCCCGGCAAUCGAGGACCCCUUCCCCGCAAGCCUCUCCCCAGAUCCCCUUGAGGGACGACGGGUCGUCAGUCACUUACACCCAGUUGACCAGCUCUUCUAGCCUCAUGAAUGCAAUGAGCAACCUCUCCACCGAUCCCUCCUGUGGAGUUCCCACAAAGAUUUGGAAAACCAGCCCAGAUCCUUCACUGAUGUCUCCUCACAAAGCCAGUAUACCGUGUCAUGUGCUUCAGCCUAUUGAGUACAUUGGUCCUUGUGAGCAGGAUGAUCGGAGAAACCCACCACCCGAAUCUAUCCUGUUAGUCCCACCAGCUUGGCCAAAGCAACUGAUGCCUGCAAUACCCAUCUGCAGCAUUCCUGUGCAAUCCCUCCCGCCACUUGAAUGGCCUCUCGCCAGCCAUUCUGGCUCUUAUGAACUUCGGAUUGAAGUGCAGCCCAAACCCCACCAUCGUGCCCAUUAUGAGACAGAAGGAAGUCGAGGGGCAGUCAAAGCCCCAACAGGAGGGCACCCUGUGGUCCAGCUUCAUGGUUACUUGGAUAACAAACCCCUGGGCCUUCAGAUCUUCAUUGGAACAGCAGACGAGCGGAUCCUCAAACCUCACGCUUUUUAUCAAGUCCACCGUAUUACGGGCAAGACGGUCACCACCACCAGCUAUGAGAAAAUCAUUGGUAACAGCAAAGUACUGGAAAUUCCUCUGGAGCCGAAAAACAACAUGAAAGCCACCAUUGACUGCGCCGGGAUCCUGAAGCUGCGGAAUGCAGACAUUGAACUCCGGAAAGGGGAAACGGAUAUCGGUCGGAAGAACACCCGAGUGCGGCUGGUCUUCCGUGUGCACAUCCCCGAAUCCAGCGGCAGGAUAGUUUCAUUGCAAGUGGCAUCGAACCCCAUUGAAUGCUCUCAACGCUCCGCGCAUGAACUUCCGAUGGUGGAAAGACAAGAUGUUGACAGCUGCCUGGUAUAUGGUGGGCAACAGAUGAUUCUGACCGGCCAGAAUUUUACUGCUGAGUCAAAGGUUGUUUUCACAGAAAAGACACCAGAUGGACAACAGAUUUGGGAGAUGGAAGCCACAGUGGAUAAAGAUAAGAGCCAACCUAAUAUGCUUUUUGUAGAGAUACCAGAGUAUCGGAACAAGCACAUUCAUACCCCCAUCAAAGUGAAUUUCUACGUGAUCAAUGGGAAACGGAAAAAAAGCCAGCCGCAACAUUUUACCUACCACCCAGUGCCUUCAAUCAAAACAGAGCCCAUUGACAACUACGAUCCUGCUUUAAUCUGCAAUACAGUACACAGUGGUCUGGGCACAGUGACACAGCCUUAUUAUUCUCACCAUACAAUGGUCACCGACUCUCCUUCCUGUCUUGUGGCCACGAUGGCUUCCUGCCAGCAGCUGCGUUCAAGUCUGUCUUCCCCUGAAUCUCGAUAUCCUCAGCAAGCCCCAGGGGCUGUAAUAUACCAAAGAAGCAAGAGUCUCAGCCCUAGCCACCUGGGCUACCAGCAAUCCAGUUUGAUGGCUGCACAGGUUUCCAUUCCAGAUGUGCACAGGUCAGUGCUGGUGCACACCGGCUCCCCCAGCCAGAGCUCUGCGGGGCUCCACCAUUCUCCAGCCAAUCAACAGUCUUCCCCUGUGAUUCACUGUCCUCCGUCAACCAAUCAACAGCCCAGGUGUGAAAGCCAUCAAGAGUUUCAGCACAUCAUGUGCAGCGAAAAUUUCACGGCCGGCAGCAUGAGACCUGGCCAGCCUCAGGUCAGCCAAGCACAAAGGUUAAGUCCAAGCUCGUACCCUACCGUGAUUCAGCAGCAGAGGACGGCAAAGAACGGGCCGCCAGUAAGUGACCAGAAGGAAGUAUUGCCAACUGGGGUGACUAUUAAGCAGGAACAGAACCUUGACCAAGCCUACUUGGAUGAUGUUAAUGAAAUUAUCAGGAAAGAGUUUUCAGGAUUCCCUGCCAGAAGCCAGACGUAGAUGAUGAGAUUUGCGAGACGGCUUCUUCUGAACGCUUCCGUACCUGACCUCUUAGAUUCGUUCUCCUGCCCCAUCCGCCUCCUGCUUCCUUAAGCGAUCAUCUCAAGGCACCGGUUCAACACCAGGAACAAUGCCCUGGCAUCGGACUGACAGCUUUGUCUAA